CUCACGUGCUACGCGCUGGUCGGGUGCUCCAACCCAGGGAUCGUGAGGAGGUGAGAGGGCAAGAACGAGGAAGAGAGACGUGGGUGACAGAGGCUGACUGGGUGGUGGUUGGUGUUGCAGGAUUGAGCUGCCGCCGGACGACACGUACACGUUCUGCGACCAUUGCGACUCGUAUCGACCGGAGGGGUGCGUCGCCAGAGGGGUUUGUUUACACGGCCUAUUUGCUCUGCUCCUAAUGCUAUUGGGUGUAUGUGUGCGGUUUGCUGUUUUUUUGUUGUUGCAGCGCGCUGCACUGCAUGGACUGCCGGGUGUGUAUUGAGGAGUAUGACCACCAUUGUCCGUGGACGGGCAAGUGUGUGGGCAAGGGCAACAUCCGCUACUUCUACGCGUGGCUGCUCUUCCUGGUGCUGGCCUUUGUCUACGAGGUGAUCGAGUUCACGACCUACUUGCUGCCGCCCGAGGGCCAGGACCUGCCGGACUCGUCGGACGACUCGCUCGAGAUCGUUUUCCCCGUCACGAUGCCCGCCCCACGUUUGUGAGGAGGAUACAGCUUGCACCGGGUGGCAGUCAGCCGCGCUGCGACAGCAGUUGCGCCGCGCCGAGCGGAGCGCACGCGAAGGAGCUCCAGCCACCGACUCGGGAUCAAUCAAGCUGCUUGCGUGCUUGGACAUCGAAGAGAGGCGAUGUGAUGCGAUGCGGGCAGGAUUUGCGGACAAAGGGCAUGGACCACCAGAAUCAGCCCAUGGACUGAACUGUUCCGAAAGGCGGCGCACCACGAGAGAUUAAAUUGACUGAAUACUGUAAGGCGGUUUGCCCGAUCAAGAGCUCGGCUGCGCGGCACCUGCAUGACCAAUGUUCAAGGCGAGAAUAUAAGCAAGCUCAAGAAUUAUGCUGCCGUCGGGAAGCAGCAAGCGCUGGCGGAUAUUUUAUUUUGGUUCGCAUUCAACAUGCGUGUAGCGAAAGUGUGAAGUCUGGAAUUGUUGAUCACAAGUUGUAAUGAAACAUAUUUACAUUUUCUUUCACGAUACCGGUAGUGUCUGUU